AUGGGAGUUUUGAGAGGGCUGCUGGGUUGUAAUCAUUUCCGUGGAGCUGCAGUGAACUACAGUUCUCUGUUACUGGAGGAUGGACCAGGGUUGUUGUAUGUUGGGGCCAGAGAGGCCAUUUACAAACUGGACACCUCUAACAUCUCUGACACCAGUAUCUCUGUUUCUCUUGAAUGGGCAGCAUCUGCAGAACAGAAGAGGCAGUGCCUGAGCAAAGGAAAGAACAAUCAGACUGAAUGCUACAAUCAUGUGCGGUUCCUGGACAGAUACAAUGACUCUCACCUGUACACCUGCGGGACGCAUGCCUUCAGACCACGCUGUGCUUACAUAGAUGUGGCACGCUUUACCUUUGUGCGUUUUGAGGAGGGAAAGGAGAAAUGUCCUUAUGACCCUACAAAGGGCUACACUGGUUUCAUAACAGAUGGUGAGAUGUACUCUGCCUCCCAAUAUGAGUUUCGUAACAUCCCUGAUAUACGACGCAACUUUCCCUUCCCCAAUUUACGGACAGAAGAUUCCCCAACAAGUUGGCUGCUGGAGUCAAAUUUUGUCGGCUCAGCGUUACUCCGAGAGAGCAUCAACAGCUCAAUCGGGGAUGAUGAUAAACUCUACUUCUUCUUCACGGAGAGGAACAUAGAACCGACAGCUUACUCCAGCCAGACCAAUGUGGCCAGGGUGGCCCGUGUGUGUAAGGGGGACAUUGGAGGGCAGAGGUCUCUUCAGAGGAAGUGGACGUCCUUUCUCAAGGCCAGACUGGUGUGCGCCAUUCCUGAUUAUGAGCUUUAUUUCAACGUGCUCCGCAGCGUUUUUGUCGUCGAGGGAAGCAGCGUACACGACAGUGUCUUGUAUGGUGUUUUUGGACUCGAGUGGAGAAAUGUUAAGAUGUCUGCAGUGUGUCACUAUUCACUCAAAGAUGUCCAGACAGCUUUUGACGGGCCGUACAUGGAACUACAGGACACCAAAUGGAGGGAAUACACUGGGAAAGUUCCAGAACCGAGGCCUGGCUCGUGUAUAACCGAUCAGCAUCGGGCCCUGCUCAUAAAUUCCUCCCGGGAUCUCCCUGACAACGUACUGAAUUUCACUCAGAGACAUGCUUUAAUGUCCAGACAGAUCCAGCCUGUGGGAGGACGUCCCGUGUUGCUCCAUAGGGGGGCAGACUACACUAAGAUCGCUGUAAAACAGGUUGUGGGCUUGGAUGGACGUGUCUAUGACAUGCUCUUCAUUGGAACAGAUGAGGGCUGGUUACACAGGGCUGUGAAGAUCAGAGACCGUGUUCACAUCAUCGAGGAGCUUCAGCUUUUUGAGGAGAAACAACCAAUCAAUAACAUGGUGAUAUCACAAAAACAGAAGAGCAUCUAUGUGAGCGCCGCCUCUGGAGUGGUGCAGGUACCCCUGUCAUCCUGUGAGCGCUACACCUCCUGUCAUGACUGUGUGUUUGCACGAGAUCCAUUCUGUGGCUGGGAUGGUAGAGCGUGUGCUGAAAUAGCGGCUUAUGCUAACAGGUCCAGUCUCAUCCAGGACGUCCAGAUGGGAAGCAGAGGCUGUACUAACAUUACAAGCGAUGGUUUCGUCAUGCACCGGACUCGUGCAGUGAUGGCAGGAGAUGAUGUUCUGUUACAGUGUGAGAUCCGUUCUAACCUGGCCACCCCUCGCUGGACGCUGAACGGUCGGGAGCUGCUAGGUUACGGCGUAGACUUCGGCUACCGCACUGGCACUGACGGCCUCCUCAUCAUUGGCGCUCAAAACCAGCAAAGUGGACACUACCGCUGUUACGCAGUAGAGAACGGCGUCUGGAUUCCCGUUCGCAGCUAUAUGGUACAAGUCCAACCCGUUCUGCCCCCUGCAUCGCAUCUCUCAGGAAGCCCGACGGCUUUACCUGAAAACUUCUUUACCACCACAACUGCGCCAACUCUGAGUCCUUCCAGUGUUCCUGCGGAGCAGCUUCUGUCGCCUCCACCGGCUCUGUUGCCUUCGAGACCGGAGUUACAGACCUACAGACACAUGGAGGCCAUGUAUAUCUCUCUGGUGGCUGUUCUCGGCGGGCUUUGCCUGGUUCUUACAGUGGUCCUCCUGUAUGUUAGCUUCUGUGGUGCACACAACUCUCCCAGUUCCAGAAAGUACUCCCAGCAAGCACUGUCCAUAACCACAGCAACCGAAAGAAAAAGAAGCUCGCACUUUGAGCUCAAAACCAUCUCCAGCCACUGCAAUGGCAGAGCGGAGGGCCGUAGCAGAGCGUUGUCGAUGGACGGAGAGUUUCUGCAGAUGAUUCCAGCAGACAUCCAGACCACACCUAGUAAGGAACCUCCGCCCGCGCCACCACUUCCUAUGCCGCCGCCCCUGCCCGAAUCAGAGUACGCCAACGGACUGUCAGCCACGCUGCCUAGCGUGCUGAGAAAGAUGAACGGGAAUAGCUACGUACUCCUGGGGCAGACGGACUCGGAAAUGACGUCUCCGCUUUACCACUCUUUCACCGAGGAGCUCAACAGGAUUCUAGAAAAGAGGAAACACACACAGUUGGACAUCCAACCAGAUGAGAGCUCAGUGUAGCAUGAUCUCGCACAACUGCUAUAUCGCCCCCUUGUGGUGUGGAGGCUUACAUUUUGUACAAGAGCCAAGAGAACUGUGUGUUGUGAAGUUCUUUGUGAUCUCGAUGUUCAACUUAAACUUGUUUGGUUUGGCGCCAUUGAGAAUCGUCUUGUGAAAAAUAUAUUUGUGAACAUAUUGGUCGACUUUACAUCAGAUGUAGCUAAAGACACCUAGACUGUGGACCUCGGAGUGUAUAAAUCACAAGAUGGAUUCAAUUGAGAACGUCCGAGACUGAAUUUGGUUAUGUUGUUUUGUUUUAAAGGAGAAGUAAGAGACUUGAGAACACUGUCCAAAGACUUUCUCAGCAAAGCAAUGCAUAUUUGUACAUAAUUAAUGUGGAAUUAUUGUGCAAAUGCAGACGUUUACAGAUUUUUUUGUUUUUGCCUAAUUGCACCUGAUGUAAAUAACAAUCAUUUUAUUAUCAAAGUAUAAUAAGUCGGAACUGCUUUGCUCGAUUAAUAAUCAUUCAGAAAGAGUUUGGUUUUCAAGCCUUUUGGCAACAUUUCAUGAGUGUUCUUGAGCAUUGGACUUUUUAACAACGCAAUUUCACACUAGAUUGCAGUCAGAUUGUAGGAGCAGUGAGUGUUAGCACAUGAAUCGUUGACAUCUACAGAUACAGAGGCGGUCAUUUUCAGAGCCACUCGGCUGUAGAAUUCAACGCCUCCUUCAGGGAUGAGUUGGGUUUCUCUUUGGCAGUGCGUCAGAAAGAGUGAAUAGAUCUCAAAAAUGGAAGAAACGCUCUCUCUGAUACACAAUUUCCCUGUCAAAUGCUGUCCAGCUUUGACAGAAUAUCCUUUUUAUAUUUAAAUGAAGGAAGAGAUGCUCACAAAGGGAAGUAAAAUCCCAAAAACUUUAGAAGUUUGGUGAGUUUGCAUUUAGUAAUUUUGAAUGCAUGACAACAGGUGACCAUUUCAAACUCCAGAAAUAAAUGUAUUUAUAUUAGGGCUGUCAGUUUAUUAUUGUAAUUUAUUAAAAUUAAUAAAAAAAAAAAUUAUUCACUACAGCUCAGAUGUUUGGGGUGAAUUUCUUAUGCUCACCACGGCUGCAUUAAUUUGAUCUAAAAUACAGCAAAAAUAAUAAUAUUGUGAAAUAUUACAACUUUUUAAAAUAACUGUUUUUUAUUAUAGUAUAUUUUCAAAUCCAGUUUAUUCCUGGAAAAGCAAAACUGAAUUUUCAGCAUCAUUGUGUCAUCAUAAUUUGGUGUUCAAGAAAUAUUUCAUAAUAUUUUUAUGGAAACAGUAAUACUAAAUAAUAGUAAAUAAUACAUAUUUUUGCAGGAUUCUUUAAUUAAUCAAAAGUUCAAAAUAACGGAUUUAUUAUUAUUUAUUUUUUAAUUAAAUAUCUUGCUGACCCCAAACUUGAACAGUAGUGAACUGUUUAUGAAUAACAUUUUUGACACAAUUAAUAAUUCCCCCUAAUCCAAAUUCACACAAUAAAAGACAAUUUAUAUGACAAUAAAAUCACAAUGUGUAAUCACUGAUUUGCUAUUAUAAUAAUUGAAUAAUUUUUAAUUGGGGGGCUUUUCUCAGCAACGGAGUAACUGACAUUUAUUUGAUUCAGUAAUCAGCAUAUUGUAAUUAAUUAGCUUAUGUUUAAACGGACAGGCCUAAUAUCUAUACGGCUGCAUAUCUUAUUUCUGCUGUGUGUAUUGUGUCCCUGGUUUUGUUCUGGUUUGUAAACAGUGUUACACAGAGCCGUGUUGAGUCAGCUCUUGUCGUUUCUCCCUAGUGGCUUUCCCAGCUCGCGCUUGAGCUCGUGUUACUCAGUGUUGCUGACAGGAACAGCGCUGCUUAGCAAGGACUCAAUCAAGAUGCAGAGAGUCUUUUCUCAGAGCAGCAGAAAGAGUAGGGAGAGACAUGAUGUGCUUGUCGUGAAGCUUGGAUACACGUGUGCUGUCACACUGACUCUAUGUGCUUCAGCUCGACUCUUGUUCACCUUCUCUCACUUUUUCUUUCAUUCAGGUGUUAUUUUCCAUCCAUGCACUUCAACCACUUGUCUGAAGAUCCACAGAACAUUUCUGAUCAGUCUUCCAUGAGACGUAUUUGCGCUGCUUAUGAGCAUCAGUAAAAAUAAGAUUCUGCCUUUUUGGUCCUCUGUUAUAAAUACAUUAUACAAGACUAAUUUAAACAGGGUACUGCUGAUCAAAUAUUUAAGGUCCGUUUUUAUAGAAAUUAAUACUUUUAUUCAGCAAGGAUGCGUUUGCUUUUUUUAAAGUGACAGUAAAGGCAUUUAAAAUGCUACAAAAGAUGUCUAUUUAUAUAAAUAAUUAUCCUUAUAUAUAUAUAUAUAAGAAUAACAUAACUUUUGCCAAAUUAUGACAAUAAGAAAUGUUUCUUGAUCAGCAAAUCAGAAUAAUUUCUGAAGGACACUGAACACUGGAGUAAUGAUGCUGAAAAUGUAGCUUUGCUCUCACAGGG